UAUACGCCGGUUCUGCCGACGAAUAACAACAGAUUGCAGGUGGAUUCCCAACAGUGCAAGUGUCUCUACGUGCGAAGUUGUGCGCACGAAUGAACCUGUCAACAUUCUACGGAAGAAUUUUACUCAUAUACGAGUACAUCCCCAAAAAUAACUCAUAUCUUCAACCUUUAUACGUCCACAUUAUAUCUUCCAAUGGCUACGAUAGAGGAAAGAUUUUGUCGUGAUGAUGGUGACUGUUCCGAUAAACAAUACUGCUAUCAUGUAUCGGAACGGUGCGUUGAUUAUACCCAAUGUAACAGGUAUAAUAGACUGGAAAAUCAUGAAAAAAAAUCACGGGACCCCUCUCAAUGCGGCCCCUGCCUGACUGGCUACAACGCCGAAAAACUUGGUACAGGAGAAAUGGCAUUAUUUUGUAGAAAAACUAACGCUCAACAAGAUAUACCCGAAGUAGUAAAACUGGACAACACUAUGAUUAUCUACUCAGUAAUUGGAACAUUCCUAUUUGGUAUAAUAGCUGUUUUUGGUAUAUUUCUUUUCAUAAGACGAAGAUCAAAGCGGCAAAGAAAUAUGGUAAAACCGCACGCUGAACUUGGCAUGAUGGAACCGACUGCCCCGCCAUUGGAAAAUAGUCCUUUCAUUAGAUGCAAAGAAGCGUCAUCUCCUGUACCAUUCAACAAUAAUAAAAUUUUGAAGGAUAAGAAUGAUCUUGUGCGUGCAGUAGGUUUCGUACCUCCGAGUUGGGUUCGUACGAAUUCUAAUUAUGAAUAUGAUAUGAGUAAUGAUAACAUAGAUGCAAUAGGACAACAACAUCCUGUGUCUGAACCAACUGAUAAUCGAUCUAAUAAUUUGAUGCUAGAGCGACUAGCACAUGAAGUUACAAAUGGAAAUUUAGCAGGAUAUGAAAUCGAACAAGCGGAUAAUAGUUUGAACACCAUUUUAGUUCAAGCAAAUAAUCCUUCUUCAUCUAACGACUCGACUCAAGAAAAUAAUAAUAACAAUAAUAAUAAUGGUUCAACAUCAGAUUCAAGUAAUGCUCAAAACAAUAGAGAAAAUAUACGGAUAUCAAACAUUUUGAUUUCUCAAAAAAUAUCUAUGAACGUGAAUCUAUUGAAUGACGAUUGUUGAUCUCAAAAAAUUGUGAUUAAAUAUGUUAAGCAAGUGCCUUUUACGAAUGAAGUGACAUAGUAUCUUGACGUUAAAAAUUAGAUAAAUGAUAAAAGAUUACAUUUUAAUA